CCAGCCUGCGUACUACAGUACUAUAGCAUGUAUAUUCUAUAGUGCACCAGUAUCAGACUGUACCACCUCUGUAGCAUGAUGGCAUUCAAUUGAUGCGCAUGGUGUGUGCUGUCCUUCUCAGUGCCUGUGUAAAAAAAACUGACUCUUCAUUCAUAAGGUGAGAUUAUGAGCAGAUUUCUGUUCUUUUGACAUUGUCAAAAACAACCGAUCUGAAAUCAGCACUGCAGCUAAAAGAGAAGCUGCACUGCAGAAGGAACGGGGCGCAUGGAACAGAAUGAAGUCCAACUUAAAAAAAAAAAAGACGAGGGAGGAAUGAUGAGGAGAGAGAGAGAGAGAGAGACAGAGAGUGUGUGUGUGUGUGUCGGGCAAAGCAGAGGAGAGGAGAGGAGAGAAAAGUUGAGUUAGAGCCAGAUUUUCUUCAGCAGUGAGAAGGAGGCUCUUGUGUUUAUAUUGCAGUAAAAGAAAGCGCACUGCUGCUCUGCUGUUUCUCUGUCCCGGGAUGGAGAGUGUGUGUGUGUGUGUGAGUGAGUGUGAGUGUGAGUGUAUGUUCGAUGACUGAUGGUGAGUGCCUUCACGUGUGUUAGAACAUCAGGAGCAGAAGAGCCGUGGUGUAUAAUCCUGAAGGUGCUUUGACUUAGCGUUGUCCUCUGGAAUUCUUGCUAUAGGACACAUAGAGUUAGCUGAGCAUCGGAAGAGCCUACAUACAGUACACAUAUACGAGCCCAAACACAACCCGGAAUCUUUCCUCAUAACCUGGAGCUCCUGCUAGGACUCAGUUUGAAGGUAAACCAAACUCUGAAGGAAGCACCCAGAGUUUUAGGAAACAUUUAUCACGGUGUGAUCCGGGUUUGAAACCAAACCACCAGAACGUCAAGAGACGGACAGAAUACUUAGGAGCGCAGAGCGGCGGAGAGACGUCGUAAAUCACCGAGAGAUGGAGAUCCUGAAAGCCAGAAGGUUCCUGCCAGAAAAAAGCUCUGUCAGCCUUCUACUAAUGGUCAUUUUCAGUGUGUACGGGAAGCUGGAGGCACUAGAGAUGAACGUCGGGAAGGUCCCCUUUCUGGAGGCGGUGAAUGGGAGUGACGUCCUGCUGCCCUGCGUCUAUGCCAGUUGUUUCGGCAUCGACAGACUAUACGUCAAAUGGGAGUUCAAUGAUAAUGGCACCAUGGUGAAGGUGUUGGACUCGGUGAUCCCUAAAGAACACGCAGAGCCGGUGAACAUGCACAUUUGCCGCGAACGUGUGGAAUAUAUGGGCUCCGCUAAGACAAACAAUGUGUCCAUAAUGAUCCUGAAUGUGACCUUUGAGGAUGCUGGGCAGUACACAUGCUUUGGCAAGAACCCCAAAGAGAUGGGCAAGAACCACAGUGCCAUCUUCACACUCAGCGUGGUGGAUGAAUUACGAGUCGUAGAUAACACUCUGACCAAGAUCAUUAUGUCGUGUGUCGGAGGCGGCAUAGCUCUGCUGGUGAUCUUUAUGCUGAUUAAGAACUUAACGCUCUUCGUCCUUGCCAAACUUGAGGAGAAAAAUAAGGAGUGCCUCGUCACCUCCUCAGGGAUCGAUAAUACAGAAAACGGUCUGUCUGGCUCCAAAGUGACACCCAAACCUACACCAAAGAAAGUCUGAGAGUGACACACACACACACACACACACACACACACACACACACACACACACACACACACACACACACACACACACACACACACAUAUUAUAUAUAC